GUGCCUUUCUGCAUCCUUUUAGAAAGUUCUGGGCGCAGUGAAUGUUUUGCAGUCACAUGUGGUUGUGAUGCACGAAGAUGUCGAAGAAUUCAGCCGGAGAGAAGCCGCUCUCUGACUCGGAUAUCAUUGACGUCGCGAUGAAGUCAAUGGCUCUGGCUUUACCGCCGGACUCGCCGAAGAAACCCGUGAAAUCAAACGCGGUGGUCAAGUACUCUGCGGUCCAGACACCAGCGACGUACGCUCAGUUGCAAUGUAACACCGACCUAAACCUGCCGCCCAGCAACUGGCUCAGCAGCACGGUGGAAAGUUACGGUCUGCAAAACGUUUGGUCUCAGAGUACUGGAUUCUCCAGCUUUCGCAUGGCGCACAUGUUCCCCGAUUGCGUCGGCGAGGUGGACGUGGUGUCGGACGCGGAGAAUAUAAAGAAGUUACUUAAGCUGCCUUACAAUCACGACGGGAUCUCGAUGAUGGUGCACCGUAUCGAAAACACAUUGUUGCUCGACAACUUUGACAUAUACAAGUACCUGCUGAGGCAGGCCGAGAGUGACUGGGAAUGGCUGAAGGAGUUCUUCUACGAGCACAUUUUCCACAACCUCGGCGACAAGGAGAAGCGCCUCUUUCGCAAGGAGUACAGCAGGAAUAGCCUGCAGCAGAGGAACCUAGUUUCCAAGUUUUUGUAUCAUUCCAUAGUGCUGGCUGACAAGAGCAAGGAGUGCGAGAAACCACAGCUGCCUGUGAAAACGUUGGAGCCGUGUUUGCCCGAGCCGACGCAGGAGGAGAAGGAGCCAGAUCCGAAUUGCAACCACAACUUCGCGCGGAACGUCGUGUGGACGUUCGAGAACAUACAGAUGCUCGUUGGAACGGACAUGCCGAUAUUCGGCGGUCAGACACAUCCGUGCAUAAGUCUGCGACUAAGAGACAUGACGAAGCCUAUCAGCGUCUUAACGGGAAUAGACUAUUGGCUGGACAAUUUAAUGUCCAACGUUCCGGAAGUGGUCAUGUGUUAUCACUUGAAUGGUAUCGUGCAGAAAUACGAGCUGAUAAAAACGGAAGACCUGCCAAAUUUAGACAAUUCAAAGUUCAGUCCCAAAGUGAUUCGAGACGUUGCUCAGAACAUCUUGAGUUUCCUCAAAAAUAAUGCAACGAAAGCUGGUCACACUUAUUGGUUGUUUAAGGGUAAGGAUGACGAUGUUGUGAAGCUAUAUGAUUUGACAUCAUUGUGCAGCGACGUUUCGGAAGAGAAGGGACAAAAUCCCUUCACCGUGCCUGUCGCAAUGUUGUUAUACAGAGUAGCUCGCAACAUGAAAUAUUCUCCCGACUACCAUCGCUACCAGGGUACGAUCAGAAUGCUGCUGAAAAAUUGCGUUCAGUUGCUGGCCAAGGAGAAGUAUCCGCAGAUCGUUACGUCCGCGCAUUUUAUGCUCUCCGACUUGUACAUACCGUCGGAUACAGAUCCAGCCAGUCCAGGCCUGUCGGAUCAAAGCGACGAGGAGGACGUUCACAGCGAGUGUGGUGCGAGUCAAGAAAACGAAAAGGAGGAGGAGGAGGAGGAAGAGACCUGCGCGAUCAAGUCUUUGAUUCUGACCAACAUGAAAGAGCAAGUGGAACGUGAGCAACCAAAGUACAAGGCACCUCCGAUGACCGGUACUAUAGAAGAGAGAUGUCUGUCUGGACUAGAACACGUUACGCACGGACUCGAAUGCCUUCAGUAUUUCCCGACCGAUGACAGCAACGACGAGGAGCAGAAGAAAGCGGAGGAAUAUGAAAAGGAGAAGCGAAAAUAUGAGGAGAUGCAUCCGAACGUAGCGAAACCUUUCCAAGCGAUUCCAAUGCCUUACACCCCGUUAAAUCAACAGGACAAAAGUGCCACGCCCGAAAGAAGCCCGGAGGAUCAUAGUCCCACGCAUAGAAAGAGAAACAAGCAGAGGAAGAAGAAAAGUGAGAAGAACGUUACGAAGGAAGUAGCGAACGUGAACGCUUUGUUGUGUAAACCGAAGACGGAAACCUUGCCAACGUGGCAUGCGCCGAAAAAGAGCGACAACAUCUGCUGGAACGCCCAUCUGAAAACGUUAUUAUACGAGAAAGCGUCCUUGAUAUUCGCCGUGCUCGCCGAGAAAGAGUACGUGAAUAAGAAUUACGGUGCCUCCUUGAGGUACAUGCUGGCGGUACUGUACUGCCAGAAGAUAUUGGAAAUUUUCUGCGGUGUAAGAAACGACAAGUCGAUCAGUUAUCUAUUAGGUCGCGCGGGGGACUGUUGCUUUAUGGCGGUGCAAGACUGGUACAAUGUUGACAAGCACAGAAAGGACUACAAUACGAAGAACGAAAUGGAGGAGAAAAUAGUUGAAGAACUGUUCAGUAUGGAGGAUUUGGAUAUGAAUGGUGCUGAAUUGUUGCCGAACGGAUUGGAAAGUCUAGAGUCUACUUUAGUCUCGUCGUAUAAAUGUUACGAGAAAGCUCUGUCGUUGGAGCCGAUGGAUAACAAGGAUAACUUGUUGAGACGACUGGGGAAUAUUCACAACGAGUUGGGUGUUCUUUACAUGAAUCAAGCGGGGUCUCGGUAUCAGCAAGCAAAUCAAACGGAGCUGUCGAGUUUACCGGACAUCACCACGCUUCUAACGCGCUCUCUGACUCACUUGGAGUCCGGCGUUAAAGCCUUCGAGACCGUCCACGACGAGGCGAAUCUGGCGCUCUUGCAUUCCAACUGUGGCCGGCUUAUGCGACUCUGCGCACAUAUGCACGGCAAAGAGAAUGCGCAGGAGCGUCAUUUUUACAAUAAGGCGCUCGUGAGCUAUCAAAAGGCUCUGCAGGUUUUGGGCGAGAGGAAAACUAACCCGGCGAUAUGGGACACAGUCAUGUGGGAUUUCUCAACGACGUUGUAUACGAAAGCCACGCUAUUGCAGGAUUAUCCUACGGCCGAAUACAAAAGUGAAGAGGAAUUGGAGAGAGAAAUAGUGGAUACUUUUCAGAAGGCACUCAAGCACUGUGAUAUAGAUACGCCAGGAACACGUCAGCCGGUUUAUCAAUUCCGCGCUGCGACCAUUCAACAUCGAUUGGCUUCGUUAUACCAUCGCAUGUACAGAGAGUCCGACUCGGACGCCGAUAAUAGCAAGAAAAAGACGAAUUUGCAGUUGUGCAAAUUGUAUUACGAUAAAGCGGCGAAGCUGUUGCUCUCGUUAGAGCAGAGCACGGAAUGUUUGACGGUUCAAAUGGAAAGAGUCGCCCUGGCGGAAUACCAAGCGCGUAAUGGCACUAAUUUCAAUAGUAAAUUAAAAGCGUACCAAAACGGUCUGGAGUUAAUUUUACAAUGUACACCUAUUAUGGAAAUUUUAUGCGAACGAAGUAAUGCGACAAAACCAAAAAUACUCGAUAAUAAAGCGGAGGACGAUAACGCCGAGCUUGAGAAAGUGACCGAAGAACAAAAGUUGGUCGAAGAGGAGGAAAACCUCGUAGUUCUAUUGGAACAAAGAUUACAGUUUCUUUUACUAUCAUUAACGAAGUUAUUCAUGAGCAAAAGUCCUAUGCAUAAUAAAAAAGAGCACGAGAAGCUCGCAAAGCUGUACAAGCAGUGUUACGUCCAUACGUUACGACCGAAUGCAAUGUCGGGAUUUACUUUAGUAAAACACGUGACAAAAAUUCUACAAGAUCUCGACAAUAUGUUAAAGCAAAUGGAAUGUUAAAGUAUAAAUGAACGCCGUGUACAACUAGUAACUUAGGAAAAUGUAUAUAUACGAUAUGAGAGAUUGUUUUUUAACCUUUUAAAAUGAUACAAUGUGUAUAUAAAGGAAAUAAAGGAUGUGUAUAUACAGGAAA